UCAUCUCGAGCUCUGUCCGGCAACAUCAUCAAACUAUAACAUCAUGGCUAACGCUUACCUGCAAGGUGUUGAGAUCUCCGCAACACAGUUCCUGGAUAUCUGGCGCCAUUAUGACAAUGAUGGUAAUGGAUAUAUUGAAGGGAAGGAGCUGCAAAAUUUUAUCAAGGAACUUCAAGAAGCUCGAAAAGAAGCUGGAUUAGAAUUAACAGAGGCAAUGAAGGGUUUUGUGGAGACGUAUGGACAGAAUGCAGAUGCCAAGAUAGGUAUAGUUGAGCUUGUACAGAUCUUACCCACAGAUGAGAACUUCUUGUUGGUCUUUCGGCAACAGCUAAAGUCGUGUGCAGAAUUCAUGCAGGCCUGGCGAAGAUAUGAUGCUGAUCAUAGUGGCUACAUCGAGGCAGAUGAACUGAAGAAUUUUCUGAGAGAUCUACUACAGAAGGCCAAAAAAUCGUAUGAUGAGAAGAAAUUAGAAGAGUAUACACAAACAACGCUGAAAAUGUUUGAUUCCAACAACGACGGGAAGCUUUGCUUGGCAGAAAUGGCAAGAUUACUACCUGACCAGGAAAACUUUUUACUCAAAUUUCAGAAUGUGAAAAUGCCAGCCAAAGAAUUCAAUACAAUUUUUGAAUUAUAUGACCAGGAUGGUAAUGGAUACAUGGAUGAGAAUGAACUGGAUGCCUUACUUAAAGACCUUUGUGAAAAGAACCAAAAGGUGUUAGACAUCAACAACACUGCAACAUACAAGAACACCAUCAUGGCUUUAUCUGAUGGAGGGAAGCUCUACAGAACGGAGCUGGCGCUUGUCCUUUGCGCUGAUGAAAACUGAGAAACAGUCCUCUGAAAUCUCCGCUCACUAGUGAUCUCUGUAAAGAUAGCUGUGUAAGGGUGUAGGGUAUGUGCUAUUUAUUCAUUUAUUUAUUUAUGGUCUGUAAAUUUAACUGACAGCUUAUAGAUACUGGGAUCUGUGGCAUAUACUUUUCAAUCUGUUGUUUCUAUAAUGUUUGUAAUGUACAGCUUUUGUAAUUAUGAGAUGAAUACAAUAAUAAAGGAUAUAUGCCUAUAUUCUGUGAUACAGUAAAAUAUUUUUGCUUCUCUACUGCUUUAAGAAGGGGUAUUGGAAAAGCUAUGUGUAUUGCUGAAUACUAUAUAAUCUAUAAUAUCUGCUGUAUUUAGAAGUUGUAGCUUGUUGACACCAGUAAAAAUUUUCUGCCUGGGAAUCUUUUAGCCAAAGCAAUAAUAUCUUAAAAAUAAAAUGUAAUUAACAGGGGCAUCUGUGCUUAAAAAAAUUAUAUUAAACAAGUAGCCGGGAGGUUAUGUAAACUGACAAUAUUAUGUAUUUUGUAAUGCACAGCCUUGACAAAGGUUAGGUUUAAUCAGCAAUUAUUAAUUAGUCACACAUUCUCAUAGAUAUCUGAAGAAUUGGCUAUGACAUGUCACCUAUGAAUAGCCCAAGUAUUGUCAAAUCAUUUACACUGUAACGAGUUACUAGCUGCACUAUGUUUUACACCAGACUCACUGUAACCUGUAAUUAAAUAUUGA